ACCAUUGAUGCUAAAAUGAAACUUGUAAUAAAGCCUUAACUAUUUUUACGCGCCAAUGCAUUCUACUGGCGUCGUCUGCUAUCCUUUCAUCUAGAAAACUUAGAUAAAGCAAGCCGUCGUGUCUCGUAAGAUUUUCUUUCUUAAGAAAGUUCUUAGUGUACGGUAGUUUAUGUGUUAAAAUCGUUUUGCUUGCGUACGAAUAUUUCGAUAGGUUCCCGUUUUAGAACUCCUGUGCCGCGCCGCCAGUGGCGCGCCGAGCGCAUGUUCGCCGUGCAAAGAGGUGCCAACUGGAUUUUUGUAAAUAAUGCCUGGAGCUACGCUGAUCUGAGCCCGCCGGUUUCUCAUUGACCUUUUAAUGCACUGCUCACCGAUGCUCGCCCGUCGCUGGUUGAGUGCAUCGCCGUGCGUGCGGGCCAAGCACUGACUCUACAAGACGCUAGCGGGCGCUAUGUGGGAACGCCCAACGUGAGCGACGGACAGUUCCUAGCUGAGCGGUCAAGUCGGCCCGGGGGCGACCUUGGUUGAGGCGAACGGGGCAAUGGCGGCCGGCGAGCGAAGUCUCACCGAGAAACGCCUCCUGGAAAACCUGCAAAAUGACCUGCGGCUGCUCUCCAACGAGGCCAAGAAGAAGCAUCCACCUCUCAAGGAGGCAGCAGAGUCUGGAAUCAUCAAAGUUCGGAAUGCUGCAGCCAAGCAUCAUGACCUCAGGCUAGCCCUGCUUUCUGAGAGCCCGGAGAUUCUGGAGCCCUUCUUCCUAGGCUGUGAUACGAGGAACCCGAAAAUUGUUCAGAUCUGCCUAUCUGCCAUCCAGAAAUUGAUCACGUUUGAAGCGGUCUCUCUGACGGCAGCUGUGAACAUCAUCACCUGCCUCUGGAAUCUCAUGGAGAGUGGAAUCGAGGAACUGAAGCUCUUGCAGACGGUCACCCUCCUGCUCACGGCUAACACUGUUGUCCAGGGUGAUGCCCUAGCCAAGGCAAUUGUGCUGUGCUUCAGAUUGCACUUCACCAAGAAUAGCACCACUAACAACACCGCAUCAGCAACUGUCCGUCAAUUGGUCUCCGCAGUUUUCGAACGUGUCCAGGCUGAAGAUGCAGCAAUGGCAGAUGUUGUGAAGACAGAGGAAGUCAACUUGGAGGAGCUGAAGACUGGAAGCCGCUGCCCGCCCAAGUCUCUGCAGCCGUGCGCUGCAGACGCCUUUCUUCUGUUCCAGGACCUGGUGCAGAUGGUGAAUGCGGACCAGCCUCUGUGGCUGGUGGGCCUGACCGAAAUGACCCGCACGCUGGGCCUGGAGCUGGUCGAGUCCAUCCUGGCCUCGUUUCCGGAGGCGUUCCUGCGGCACCCGGAGUUCCGCUUCCUGCUCAAGGAGCGAGUCUGCCCGCUCGUCAUCAAGCUGUUCUCACCCAACGCCCGGCAAGCACCCGACCGGCCCUUCUUUCCCAUCUCCAUGCGGCUGGUGCGCGUCGUCUCCGUCCUCAUCCACCGCUUCUACGCAACCCUGGUGACCGAGUGCGAGAUCUUUCUCUCGCUGGUUGUCAAGUUUUUGGACCACGAGAAGCCAAACUGGCAACGCACACUUGCGCUGGAGGUGUUGCACAAGCUCUGCUCGCAGCCCGAACUGCUCAAGAGCUUCUGCGAGAGCUACGACAUGAAGGACCACAGCACGAAGAUCUUCCAGGACAUGGUCAAUGCCUUGGGUGCAUACGUGCAGGCGCUCUUUGUGAACGCACCCUGCCACCACCAUUAUCACCAUGGUGGUGGGGGCGGUGGCUCUGGCGUUAACGCGCCACCACCUGUGGUACCACUCAACUCUGGCAUGCCGGGGAGCGGCAAUGCGUCCUCUCUCUCACAACCGCCACAGGCGGCCUUCUUGUAUCGUGGCGUCUGGAUGCCCCUGCUGCCACACGUGGCCACACCUGGCAUCUGCAAGGCCACAUACAUGGAGAUGCUGGAUCGUGUGGAGCCGCCCGUGGUGGCCGAGGGCUACGGGGUGUCCCUGGGAUACGUCUGCCUCCUAGACGUGGUGCAUAGUAUUGCCACCGUGGUGGACCAGUCCAAGAGCGCCUCAAACGACGCAGCCGCCAACGUGCGCCUCCACCGCCAGCUGGUGUCGUCCUCCUGGUGCGGGCUGCUGGCAGCCCUCUCGCUACUUCUCGAUGCCAGCACGGAUGAGGCGGCCACGGAGGAGAUCCUGAAGACAAUGCAGGUCUAUGCCAACUUGUGUGGUCAGCUUCAGCUGUCGACACCCAGGGAUGCUUUCAUCACAGCCAUGUGCAAGGGGUCCCUGCCUCCCCACUACACACUCACGGUGCUAAACUCCACAUUCCCCAAGACGUCGGCAUCUCCGCAUCCGAGGGGCGAUGGCUCAUCCGAAAGGCCAGGGUCCACAGGUCAGGGUGGCCCCUCCCCUGUUCCUCUGCCGCAGCAGGGCCCCAACCUGGGUCCCUUUCUCGGAGGUCCCGCGUGCGAUCCCCACGACGCCCCUCGGCAACAGGUGGUGGCUGUGGGCACACCCCUGCCCACUCCUUCACUGGGGGGACAUCAGGGACCUGUCAUGCUGACGGCCAAAAACCUGCAGUGUAUGCGUGCCAUUUUGGGGCUGGCGCAAGCCCACGGCGCCGUGCUGGGCAGUGCCUGGCACCUGGUGCUCACCACCCUGCAACACCUGGUCUGGAUCCUCGGCCUGAAACCGUCCACGGGCGGCAGCCUCAAGGCUGCGCCCAAAAAUAGCUCAGACGGGGCGGCGGGGGGCGGCGGCACCAAUUCUUCCUCCGUCAUCACUACGGCCGUCAUGGCCGACCUGCCUGUGCUGUCCGCCAUGUUGUCUCGCCUGUUUGAGAGCUCCCACUACGUGCCACUGGCCGGCACGCUGUCUCGUGUCUUUCACAACUCCCAGUACCUGGAUGAUGUUGCACUUCACCACUUGAUUGAUGCGCUCUGUAAGCUUUCAACUGAAUCGAUGGAGCUGGCCUACAACAACAGAGAGCCCUCGCUGUUUGCCGUGGCCAAGCUGCUCGAGACGGGCCUGGUGAAUCUGGGCAGGGUCGAAGCCCUGUGGCGUCCGGUGACCCAGCACCUGCUGGAGGUGUGCGCCCACCCGCACACGCGCAUGCGCGAGUGGGGCGCCGAGGCGCUCACCUACCUCGUCAAGGCGGCACUCAACCACUCGCCCAGCGGAGGAGGCGGAGGUGGCGAGGCCACGACGGCCUCCUCGGUGAUGUCAGCCGCCACGACGGCGUCGGCAUCCGACAGCACAACUGCGCCGGUUCAUACAGCGAUGGCAUCGCGGAGGAGCCUGCAGGUACUGCUGCUGGCGCCCCUGGUGGAAAUGGCAUCUGCCCACCCCGACAUCCGGCAGAAGCAGCUCGACUGCACCCUCUCCCUGUUGCACAGUAAUGGCGAGACACUCACCCACGGAUGGCCUCAGGUGCUGACAAUAAUCGGGGCCAUCUCGGAGAGCCACGGGGAGGCGCUCAUCCGGUCGGCGUUCCAGUGCCUGCAGCUGGUGGUUGCCGACUUCCUGCCCGUCAUGCCGCGGGCCUGCCUCCAGCUCUGUGUUGACACUGCCGCACGGUUCGGCUCGCAGAACCAGGAGCUGAACGUCUCGCUCACUGCUGUCGGCCUCCUGUGGCACAUGGCGGACUACUUGUACCAAAACGCGGAGAAGCUGAAGCAGGAGGAGGGCGACUGGGACACACUCUGGAUGUGCCUCUUCCAGCGGCUGGGCGAGCUGUGCGUCGACCCACGCUCCGCAGUCCGCAAGAGUGCAGGGCAGACCCUGUUCUCGACCAUCAAUGCCCAUGGCUCGGUGCUUCGGCAGGAGACCUGGCAGGCCGUGCUCUGGCAGGUGCUCUUCCCAUUGCUAGACCGAGUUCGGACGCUGUCAGGAUCAGCCUCAACAGAGAAGGUCAACGACAUGGGCGGAAACAUUCUCAUCCACCACUCGCGCAACACAGCUCAGAAGCAGUGGGCAGAGACUCAGGUGUUGACGCUGUCGGGCGUGGCGAGAGUGUUCCAUGUCAAGCGGGAAGUGCUUCACACCCUGGGAGACUUCCCACGUGCCUGGGCGCUCCUCCUCGAAUUCAUCGAGAACUCUGCGCUGAGCAAAAACAACGAGGUGUCGCUGUCAGCCCUGAAGAGCUUCCAGGAGAUAUUGCAUUUGAGUCGUCCCACUGAGGGAGCCGGAAACGGUGGCGCCCUCUUGGGGCGCUCAGCCGACCCACAGGGAGAAGCGGCCCUCUGGUGUGCUGCCUGGAAGGUUUGGUACAACAUUGGCAUUGAGAGCACCAGGCCGCCCCCGGACGUCGCUGUUGACGAUGCGCGCUUCUCCAACAGCCUGUCCUUGCUGUACAUUCCGUCCCAAGCGUUUCUCACCGCACUUGUUCAGAUCUUCCCGCACCUCUUCCAGCACAUAAAGAAUAGGUUCACGGUCUCGGACUUUCAAAAGUUCGCCACCGUCGUCCAGAAUGCUGUUGCUGCACCUGUUCAUGGUGAUGCCUCACCCUUCAUUCUGCCCACCCUGGCUGAAGUGGUCCUCACAACGUUGCAAGAGUCCAUCCUCAGUGCCAUGGACACUUUGCACAAGGAAGCGCUUGCAGGCCCGGAAAACCUGCAGGCAAUGGUGCCCUCCAUCUUUGGCCAGCUGUUGAGUUUUGCCUGCUAUGCCUGCCAGGCGCCAGCUUAUGGGAAACUGCAGUUGCGCUCUGGUGGGGUGGCCCCCAAGCACCUUGACUGGGUGACACUCAGCUUUGUGCCAUUUGGGGAGCGUGCCAUGGAGAUGGCCGUGUCCCUCUACGUGCAGACCGCACAGCGACCAGUCGUCAUGCAGGCCGACAUCCUCCAUGCCAUCGUCAAGACGUUGCACGUGCCCUUGUCCAUGAAGUACAACUGCCCGAGCCAGUCUACGUGGAAGCUGGCCGUGACGUCACUGCUCACCGUGCUGCGCGUUGGUCUGCCCAUAGCGCACAACAACGAGGCCCACUUCAAGGACCUGUGGUCGGACCUGGCGGCGACGCUCGAGGAGUUCCUCUUCUCGUCCAGCAAUCCACCACCAACCCAGAGCCUGGAAGACCAGCAGUGUGAUGAAAUGUUGGACUGCAAGGUGGUACAGCUUAUACGAGAGAUCAUCUUACCACAUUCAAGCCACGUGCCGAAAGAUUUUGUGCUCAAGAUUGUUGCCCUCCUGAACAAGGGUUCUAUUCACUCAGCAACAAGUAGUACACCUGUUGAUACGGAGUCUACACGCAAGCUGCGUGAAGAGUUCGCCAAAGCAUGCUUUGAGACACUACUGCAGUUCUCGUUUCUUGGUGGCAUCGUGUUGCCAGAGGGCGGCGUUGUCAACCGCCUGGCUGUUACUUCACUCCUCCAUCGAUUCCAGGAGGUUAUCUGCCAUUAUGUGGAAGAUGAGCAGCUAAGUGGCAAGUGCCCUCUGCCACGGCACCGCAUGGCCGAGAUAUCCUUUGUUCUCAAAGCCGUGGCAACGCUCACCGCCUCGCUCAAGAAGGCACCGCCAAAUAAUGUUGAAUGGAGUGUCUGGGAACAACUGAUCGCCCUGUAUCCCCAUCUCGUGAGCUGUAGCACGUCGACGUCAGCCCAAGUUUGCCGAUCGCUGCGAGAAGCUCUCCACGAGUAUGCCGAUCUUCUGGCACCGCCCCGGUCACCACCGCCUCAAAGAAAUGGGGGUCGACCAGCCGCCACUUAGCCUUUCACAAAACUUUUUUUCAAGCAACCACCCUUUCCGCCAUCGCAGUGUGACAACAUACGAGUCUGAACGUUCGCCAUCCAGAUUCCUGAAGUGUGAACACUUUGUUUAGAUGUAUUUACCUGAUGUUGGUCAACAUUCUGGGAUCUCCCACUGCUUUACAAAUUGUGGCUACGGCUUUUGCGUGAUGAGUUUUGCACUUAUGCUAGAGGUGACAGGAUCGCCGGUUGUUUUCUCCCUGGCCCUGGUGUUGUCAAGUGCGAGCAUGCCCUAUGUUUUUCAAGAUCAUGGUCAUUCUCUUACAUAGUUCAGUAACUGUAACAGAAGUCAUGUAUGCCAUAGCGCAGUUGUGUUUAUCGUGCGAACGACGUACGAUUUGCUACUGAAAAGGUAUGCUGCCCAUGGCAGGGAUGCCAGAGGCUUAAUGUUUCUCUUGCAGCAUUGAAAAAUAACAAAAAGGGACACAGCCCUUGACUUUUCCAAAUUUUUUUUUUCUUCUUGCUUGAACUACAAGUCUAUUAAACCUAUUAAACUGAAACAGUAAAUACGCAAGCUUGCCAUAGGUAGGCUCAGGGGUGUUGUAUUAUUAACCGACCCGAGUAAUUAAUUCGAGUCACAGUCUCUUAAAUGGUGUUUCACUGCAUUUAGUUUUGGGCAUAAUAGCAGUAGGUUAUGCCAUCUCUUACUUACGACGACAAAUUUUUCAUGUUCAAUGAGGACACAUGCUUGCAUAAUGUGUUAAGAAUAGCCGUAUAACAUGUGGACAUGUCACCCUAAAUUAGAAGAAAGAUAUUCGUUUACAUUACCACGAGAAGACACGAAAGCGAAACGCAGGUGGUGAUGCCACCUUGAAGUUCCCACACCAACUUGCCGUGAGGUCAUAAAUUUUGAUGUUAUCUGUUCGGGCCUAGUUAGUUUUUUAUCACUAUAGAUGGACUACAUUGUACUCUAAAUGUGCCAAAGACUGGACUUGGCAAGUUUUGAGAACUUUUACUAAGCUGCAAUGAGCCAAACAUGAAAAAAUAAGUCGAACCUUGAUGUAACGAACACUGCUAUAACGAAUUGUCGGAUAUGAAGAAGUAAACAAAAAUUGUCUUGUCGCUUUACAGUAUAACAGAUAUAUGUUUGUAACAAAUAUCGUAUAUAACGAACCUACUUUGUGUCAGAUGCGACUUCGUUAUUGUGAGGUUCGACUACAUUAAAAUUACGUCUCGCUGAUAUACCAGCACUGGAUUUUUAGCGCAAUAUUUUUAAAACCGGAACUUCGACUUUCACUUUCUUGUUUUUUAAUCAACAUAUUACUGUGAAACUAAUGAAAAUGGUCCUGAAAAAAAUGUCAGUAUAGGCUGAUUUACAGUUUCUCUUAAGUGUCCCUUUAAGGUUCUUGUGCAAGGCCUAUUAAAAAUGGACCUCUUGGAAAUCUUGUUAGCUUGAAAUACAAAGGAGACUAGACAUGGGAUUAAUAGUUUUCUCACAUUUUGUGUGACUUCAAAUCUCGCGCGAUUGAGCUGUGAGUGGUUGCAGCAUUUCGCAACAAGGGUCAGCUCGCUUCUGUGUUCGCCCUGCACCAUUUUCAUUUUGACUGCAUUCAGCAAACUGUAAGUGGAACGUUCAAGCCAUUGUUUGGAAUUCUCCAGAUUUUUAUCACCGCGCGUAAUGUUGCUGUGAAUAAUUUUGUCCUUGUUGAGCUUCACAGUGGCAUGAGGCACUACAGUGCUGCUUGGGUGCAACAGUUGUGUAGCCCACAGGGCUUUCCAAAAGAGCAUCGCUUUUAUGUUAUCGCUGGAAGGUGUGUCACUAGCUUUUUCCACGACAUCUACCAUUGGGAGUGAACUAUUUCAGUCCUUGAGGAAUAUGUUAAAAUCGGUACAAUCGAUUGGGUGAUGCACUGUGUUCUGACAAGCGCACCGACUUUCAUAAAGCCCACGGAUGUUUAUGUAGGUCAUAGACGGCGGCAAACUACAGUAGAAGCUCUCUGACAUGUUUUUCACAAUACCGUGGGAAUAGAAUAGAGCUGGUGAAUGUAUCCGGUGCUGUUGGCAUGACAAGUGCUGGGUUUGAAUGUUGUUUCAGUAAGAAACGUAUUAAGUGUGAGCCCUACUAUGUUUGUUGUGAAGGGGAAGUCUUCCAGUUCUUCUAGCAAAACUUUUUUUUCUAGCAGCAGACCGCUGCAAACAGAAUUUCAAAUAUGUAAUGUAGUACUUACGGUACAUUUGACGGGACGUUUUGAAGCGCUCUAUGAUGCCCUCGCAGCACAAUUUAAAUGCGAUUGAUUGAAAUUGAGCGCUCGGAAGACAUUGUCUUGGUUCGUUAAGGUCACUUGGAGGUGCUCUCACCUUCAAGAUGAGAGCGCAAUCAAGUUCCGGCUGAAUUUCGAUGAUGACUCCUCCGAUUGUUCUGCGGACAGCUGAAUGUUCCGCUCAAGCAAGCUUUCUUUGGCUCCAAUGGAGAAAGGAAUGUGCAUUGUUGCAAACUGAGAUAGGGCGCAGUAGGAACCAGUCGAAUAUGCUAUAAUUCUUUCCUGCAACUUAUUGACUUCUGAUGUUCAGACUUAUUUGGUACUGUCUUAGUUGUUUUGUUAGAUAUCUAAAUUGUUCACUGCUAUGGUGAUUUUGUUUGCUGGAUUAUUAUUGCCUUGCCACCAUAAACCUGUGCCACAUACGAGCCAUUGCUACUAUACAACUGUUGAGACAAGGACAGAAAAGUCAGCACCACUGCCUGGCUGGUCGUCUGCAAAGGCUAAGACUAACCGAGACAUGAAACGAGCUUGUUGUCAGCUGCAAGCUGGACGUCCAAAGCAUUUUCAUUUUUAGCCUCUCUGUAUACACUAAAGCAUUAGUUAAUCGUGUCACACUACCACCUAAGAAACGGUAAGGAGCAGCACAGUCUUGCUGAGCAGAAACUGUUUAUUGUUAGAACUUUGUCUCAGCAUGUGCUUUAAACGAUUUGUAUAAGUACACUUUUAUAUAGACAGGUUGCUUGUUUGUAAGCAAACAGGUAUAGUGCAAGCAAAAUGCACAGACAGGUAUGUUGACACUUCUGCUGUAUGCUGUACACAGUCCUGAACAACAAACAACCUUUGCCUUUUAAACAUUGAAAAUUUGGUCACGUGUAUUAACCUAAUUGCCUUCAGAAAAAAUUCAUGCCACUCGAUUCUGUAUUUGCUUUUUUGCUCGCACGGGAUGCGACAGCAGCACUGCCUCAUCUUCAUGACAUCACAGUCCACAGCUUGUCGGUGGAAAAGGCGCUUUGUGUGAUAUUGCCUUUUUUUCUUUUUUAACUGCAUGCUGGAAGCUUGCAAAAUACGUAAAUGCUGUUUUCGUUUCUCAUACUGCAGUUUCUUGCUUGCAUACAUGGCUGGAUUGGGAGCCUGACACUUUAUUCAAAAAUAUGAUGUGGUUGUUUGUGGCAGACCCUACUUUGAUUGUUGAUAGCUGCAGCUUCCAUUAAAGCUGAGCCGCCACUGAUAUUCAUCCAGAACAAAUGUGUUUGCAGUUCGCUGUGCUUUCUUUCAACUGAGCCUGCCAUUCACGCUUAAAGCAAUCGACUUGUUGCUGCAACCUUGAGGUCGCAGUUUUCAUGUAAAUAAACAAAAGCGGAUACACGUUUCCGAAAAUGUAUUUAGUCUGAAAUCUGUAAAAAUAUAUAUAUAUAUAUCUAUAUAAUAAAAGUUAUAUGCAUUUAA